UUUUUAUUACUUGUUUAUGCAAACAGCAGGUUGCACAAGAGCCUUUCUUGCUUGUCUUUUUUUUUUUUUUCUAAAAGUGAUUUCGCAGUUUCCUGGUAACCAUUCAGUCAUCUCUUUCAACACCCUGAAAUGACAUAAAGGCGAGCUCCUAGCCACACGUUCCCCAUACGGACACACACACUUCUUUCCUUCGGCAUUGGCUAGGUGAGGCACCCUGGAGCCGACAAACCAGAUUCCCCCCAUGAGCCCGGCCAACCACUCUCUGGUGAUCCACGGUAAGAACUGCUGUGUGUUUCGAGAUGACUUCAUUGCCAAGGUGCUGCCGCCCGUGCUGGCGCUGGAGUUUGUGUUUGGACUCCUGGGCAAUGGCCUGGCCCUGUGGAUUUUCUGCUUUCAUCUCAAGUCCUGGAAAUCCAGCCGGAUUUUCUUGUUCAACUUAGCCGUGGCUGACUUUCUCCUGAUCAUCUGCCUGCCACUCCUCACAGACAACUACGUGAAGAAAUGGGAUUGGAAGUUUGGCGAGGUGGCCUGCCGGCUCAUGCUCUUCAUGUUGGCCAUGAACCGGCAGGGCAGCAUCAUCUUCCUCACCGUGGUGGCCGUGGACCGGUACUUCCGCGUGGUCCAUCCCCACCACCCACUGAACAGAAUCUCCAACCGGACAGCGGCCAUCAUCUCCUGCUUCUUGUGGGGGGUCACCAUCGGCCUGACUGUCCACCUGCUGUACAAGGAGAUGCUGACGGAGAAUGGAAAGGCCAAACUCUGCAGCAGCUUCAGCAUCUGCGAGACCUUCCGCUGGCACGAUGCCAUGUUUCUCCUGGAGUUCUUCCUGCCCCUGGGCAUCAUCGUGUUCUGCUCGGCCAGGAUCAUCUGGAGUCUGCGCCAGCGGCAGAUGGACAGGCACGCCAAGAUCAGGCGAGCCAUCAACUUCAUCAUGGUGGUGGCCAUCGUCUUCAUCAUUUGCUUCCUACCAAGUGUCGCUGUCCGGAUCCGCAUCUUCUGGCUCUUGUACACUUCGGGCACCAGGAAUUGCGAUAUCUACCGUUCAGUGGACUUGGCAUUUUUCAUCACGCUCAGCUUCACCUACAUGAACAGCAUGCUGGACCCUGUGGUGUAUUAUUUCUCCAGCCCAUCCUUUCCCAACUUCUUCUCCACGCUGCUCAGCCGCUGCUCCCACCAGGCGCCGGGAGAAGCUGAGAAUCACCGGAGCACCAGUGUGGAGCUGACGGGGGAGCCAAGUAUUUCCAGGACUGCCCCCGAUGCACUGAUGGCAGACUCCAGUGAGACCUGGGGACCCUCUCGUUAAAAUAGCCACACCAAGAGAACAAAAGGGGAGUGGGGAGGGAAGGCGGAUUGUCACCAAGGACUAAGAUCUCUGGAGACAACAAUCUGUCUAUCGGACAGAGUAACAGCAUUGGAUGUGGGCCUGUGUGGUUUCCUGAAACUUCCAGAUUCAGAGAAUCAAGAUGUAGGGAAACAGUUGUGUGGUGGAGUGGGUGUCUUCAGGCAUUGGAAACUUUCUGCUUAAUCCCCCCAACGCUUGAUGCAGGAGGGGCUGGAGCUGGGCCCCCAAGUGUCUCCAUCUCAGGUUGCCCAUUCACACCUGUGACUAGUUGGCCCCUUUUCUUCUCCCGCCUCGGGCACAGGCUGCAGUCCAGCCUGUUUGUGAGGCCCUGUGGUGGAUCAUUAGAGCCAGGAGACUGGAGGGGGAGGCUCUGGAAAGUUCAGUAUUAUGACACAAGCCAGUAGUACCACCUGGGUUCCUUGGGACCGGCUUGCCUUUCCAGCCUGGCUGGGGCAGACAGGGAGCAGAUGAAGCAAUCCUGAAGCUUAGGCGCAGGUCUGAGUUUCCAGCAGUGCUGAGACUGGGGAAAUGGCCCAGAAGGGACAGUGCUGUGCCAAUGGCCCCUGGUCUCCACCUGUCACUGAGCCGUGGCUCCCUAUUAACACAUAUUUGUGGUUGAGCCUUUGAAAGGCUUCCAGGAAGAGAAUCACUUCCCAAUUCUGCUUUUACCCUGAAAAGGGAAAAUAUGUCCAGUGGUGGGGAGAUAGAGGGGAGGAGGGCAGAUUCCUCCUUCAUUUCCUUGUAUUGCUGGACUUGUAUAAAUCUACCAUUUCAAUAAAUCUUCAUCGGGGCAGUCUAGUGUUUCAUGUCUGGGUUA